AGAGAGAGACUGUGACUGACCCGGGAUAGAGAGAGAGAGACAGUGUGACUGACCCGGAAUAGAGAGAGAGAAAACUGACCCUGGCGAAGGGGAGAGAGGCGGCGCCAUGCCCAGCGGAGAGAGCCGGGACGGCAGCGGGAGGUCACUCCGCGACAGCUUUGACAAGUUGUGUCAGGACCUGAAUAUGGACUUGGAGAGUGGGGCUGAGGCUUGGGAGAACCUUCAGAGGAUUCGCCUCAACUACACCCUGGAGGGAGAAACUCUGCACUGGCUUGCUUGUGCCUUAUAUGUAGCCUGUCGAAAAAGCAUCACGCCAACUGUCGGCAAGGGAACAAUGGAAGGAAACGGUGUGUCACUAACAAGAAUCCUGCGCUCAUCAAAGUUAAGCCUAAUUCAGUUUUUCAGCAAGAUGAAGAAAUGGGCAGAUAUGGCCAAUUUGUGCCAAGAAUUCAGGGAACGCGUGGAACAGUUGGAAAGGAAUUUUGAAGUCUCAACUGUAAUUUUCAAAAAAUUUGAACCUAUAUUUUUGGACAUGUUUCAAAAUCGUCAUGAAGAUCAGUCUCGCCUUCAAAGAAGCAGAAAACAGCGGCGCCUUCCAUGCAGCACAUCUGAUGCUUUUAGUUUUUGCUGGACCUUAUUUGUAUAUACUAAAGGCAAUUUCCGUAUGAUUGGAGAUGACCUUGUAAAUUCUUACCAUCUCUUGCUUUGUUGCCUGGAUCUCGUGUUUGGAAAUGCUUUACUGUGUCCUAAUAGAAAAGAACUGCUUAACCCAAAUUUUGAAGCAGGAUUGCCACCAGAGUUUAACAGCCAGGACUAUAAACCCCCAGUGCAACCUCCAUGUAUCAUUGACAAGCUAUGUGACUUGCAUGAUGGACUCACUGUAGAAGCAAAAGGCAUCAAGGAGCACUACUGGAAACCUUAUAUUAAAAAGCUGUUUGAGAGAAAGAUUCUGAAAGGGAACAGUGAGCUCCUCGUAGGACUUCUGGAUGUAAACAAUUUUACAGACAACAACAAAGCAAUAAACAAGGAAUAUGAAGAGUAUGUUCUGACCGUGGGGGAUUUUGAUGAGCGGAUAUUUCUGGGAGAAGAUGCUGAUGAAGAAAUAGGGACUCCUAGCAAGUCUGCAGUGGAUGUUUCAGUUGGGAAACUGUCAGCAAGAAUCCAAGUAGAGUGCAACCUUCAACAGCACUUCGAAAAAACAAAAUCUUUAGCACCUUCAACACCCUUGACAGGAAGACGGUACUUGAAGGAGAAAGAACUGGUUGUAACACCAGUGUCCUCAGCCACACAGAGCGUGAGUCGUUUACAGACCAUGGUAAUGGGACUCAAAAACACCCCAAGUGAGCUUCUGCUGCAGGUUUUCAACUCCUGUUCACGGAACCCAGUUGAAGCUAUAACAGCCCGCAUGAAAAAGAUGGGUGAGACUUUCUGCCAUCACUAUGUACAACCAAUGGAAAGCCAGGCUGGUUCUCAUAUAGAUUUUGCUAUCCGGCGGCUGAGACUUGCUGAAAUCUUGUAUUGGAAAAUCCUGGAGACAGUGAUGCUGCAGGAAAAUCGCCGAAACCCUGGGAAAGACAUGACUGUCUUACUGGAGCAAGAUAUUUUCCAUCGGUCUCUGAUGGCUUGCUGCCUGGAGAUAGUUCUCUCCUCUUAUAGUUCCCAGCGUAUAUUCCCAUGGAUUAUCGCCAUCCUGAAUCUUAGUCCUUUUUACUUUUACAAGGUGAUAGAAGUGCUGAUUCGGGCAGAGGACGGUCUUUCUCGUGACAUGGUGAAGCAUCUCAACAAUAUUGAAGAGCAAAUUUUAGAGAGUCGAGCUUGGAGCCAUGACUCAGCUCUUUGGAAAGCUUUGUUUGGAACAGACAGUAAGGUUCCAACAUGUGAAGAGGUGACUUUUCCUUCCAAUUUUGAAACUGGUAAUGGAGGUCCCACCCACCUGCCAAUGAUGCCAUUGUCUCCUAUAGUACACCCUCGAGUAAAGGAAGUUCGGACAGACAUUGCUGGGACCUUUAACAAACGAGAUAUUCCUCCUCCGGCAUCACCUCUAUCUGUUCACGAUCGAUUCACCUCGCCCUCUGCAGGGAGUGCUAAAAGGAGACUUUUUGGUGAUGACAGUGCGUUGGAUGCCCAUGUCAAUAUUGCUCAGAAUAAUGUUAGCCAAUCACCUGGACUAAGGAUCAUCCAGACACAAACUAUAACCAACGAAAACAUUACCCUGUCUCCUGGGCAAACUGUUGUAACCAUGGCAACAGCUACUGUAACAGCUACCAACGGUCAAACGCUAACUAUACCUGUACAAGGCUCCUCGUACUGA